AUGAGUCACAAUGUCUUCUAUCGCAUCUCUGGUAGCCUUUGCCGCUAUGACCGAUACUUUGUUCAAAAAUUAGAUGUUGCCAAGAAAGUCGGACUACUUCUGGAGCAGAAGAUGACAUGUUCCUUACAUAUGCUUGCUUACGGUGCUGGGGUAGAUCAAUGUGCUGAGUAUUGUCGGAUGGCAAAAUCUACCUUCAUCGAGGCUCUUCAACGAUUUACAAGAUCAAACGUUAAUCUGUACUCGGCAGAAUACAUCUGGGCUCCUACUACGGCCUACCCCAGGAAACUGCUCGCCAAAGCUCAAAGAAAAGGAGAUGCUCGUGGGUGGGAUAUAGAAAACCUUUUAUACAUCAUGUUGACUUGUAUUAUAUUACACAACAUGAUAGUCAAGGAUGAACGACCUGAGGACUACGAUGGAGACUUGGAGUCCGAUGAAGAAGAGGAGAACAAUAUGAGGCCCAAGUUGGCUACGGUUUGGGAUGGACUAACCGGUGAUGACUUUGAUCCUGUUGGUACAGAUAGUCAUAAUUUCAACGGAUUCAUGGAUCAAUACGAUGCCAUUAGAUGUGAGUACAACUCACUCAAACCUUCAAGAAGAUCUUAUAGAGCAUUUACGGAACAUUCAAGGCAAUUUGCAGAUCUAGAUAUGGUAGAUGUUUGA